CCGCGCUUCCGCCCGCGCCGCCGCCGCCGCCGCCAUGCGCAUCGAGAAGUGCUACUUCUGCUCGGGGCCCAUCUACCCGGGGCACGGCGUCAUGUUCGUGCGCAACGACUGCAAGAUAUUCAGAUUCUGCAAAUCAAAAUGCCACAGAAACUUCAAAAAGAAGCGAAAUCCCAGAAAGAUGAGAUGGACUAAAGCAUUCCGUAAAGCAGCUGGCAAAGAACUGACAGUGGAUAAUUCAUUUGAAUUUGAAAAACGUAGGAAUGAACCAGUGAAAUACCAGAGAGAGUUGUGGAACAAGACUGUGGAUGCAAUGAAGAGAGUGGAGGAAAUAAAGCAAAAACGCCAAGCCAGAUUUAUUAUGAACAGAUUGAAGAAGAGCAAAGAGUUGCAGAAGGCAGAAGACAUCAAAGAAGUCAAACAGAAUAUCCACCUUCUUCGUGCUCCCCAUGCAGGUACACCAAAACAGCUGGAGGACAAAAUGGUGCAGAAGCUACAAGAGGAUGUGCCUAUGGAAGAAGACUCUUAAGUGCUUUUAUUUGCUAUUUAUAUAUCUUCAGCAGUUAACAGUUCCUUACUGCCUCACCUGACAUCAUUCAGAAAUGUGCUUACAGUUGAAGAAAAAUACAUUUUAAUGAAUAGUGGUCCUUUACAAUUUGAAUUAUUUUUAAAAUGAAAAAUAAUAGGAUGGAUGCUAGUUUGGGCAGUACUUAAAAUUCUGCAAUUUCAGAAAACCUUGUCAGCAGGAUGGAGAAUGAGGCUUCAUUAUUUGAGAUACUAUGUGCUCCUUGGGAAGUUAUAUUUUUUUUUGAUAACUUCUCCAUGUUCAUACAAAUAAUUAAAUAAUAAAAAAUGCUGGCCCUGA